CGGCUAGUUAGCUAGUGUAACUGAAACCGCGCGAACGAAAAAAAAACAUGCGUAAAACAGGUUUUAGUUAAUUAUUAAAGCUUAUUACCUCGCAACUUGCGCCAUUCAACAUCAUUUAUUUAGUUUCAAAAGCAUACAUUUGUAUCUUAAACGGUAUUUUAGAUUCCGUAGCAGCGCGCAGGCGCAUACGCUCGCUGUCACGUACUGCUUCAGUACCUCCAGACACGACCUACACCGAGUUGGCCCAUUUACCCAGCAAAACAACACCCCUAUCCAGGCUCAGGACAGGAACUAAUCAGAACACGUAGCAGUGAUGCACAAAGCUGAUGUGAUGCUGGGGGAUCAGGCCGUCCACUGAGCCUCGAUGGCUGUCAGCACCAUGGACUCCGAGUCAACACGAACCCCUCAACCUCGGACCGGCCUGACCAAGGGAGGCUCCUCCCUGCUGCCUUCUGGGGUUCUCAGCGCCAAGUUGGGCCCUCAAGGAAAACAUUAUGUCUUCGGCUCCAUGGCGGCAUUCACCAACAUUUUGGUGACCUUUCCCAUCCAGAAAGUGCUUUUCCGCCAGCAGCUGCAUGGUGUGGUCGUGACCGAGGCGGUGCAGCAGCUGCAAAGGGAUGGGCUGAGGAAUUUGUAUCGGGGCCUUCUCCCCCCACUGCUCCAGAAGAGCACCACAGUGGCUAUCAUGUUUGGCCUUUACGAGGACUUCUCCAGAGUACUGCACGACCAUGCCUGCGGCAGCGGCGUGCCAGAGCUUGUCACGCGAAGCUUCGCCGCAGCGCUGGCGGGAACCGCUGAAGCCAUCCUCACGCCGUUUGAGCGAGUACAGACGCUGCUGCAGGACCAUCGGCACCACGAGCGCUUUAACAACACCGCCCACACCUUCCGGACACUUCUGACCGAGCACGGCGUCAGAGAGUGCUACCGCGGCCUCGUGCCCAUCCUCCUCCGUAACGGCCCCAGUAAUGUGCUCUUCUUCGGCCUGCGGGGGCCCAUUAAGGAGCUGUUGCCGGGAGCUACUAACAAGGCGGGUGACUUGAUCAAUGAUUUUGUAUGCGGAGGGGUGUUGGGUGCAGCCCUCGGUAUUAUGUUUUACCCAUUAAAUGUGGUUAAGUCGCGGGCUCAGUCUCAGGUGGGCGGAGCCUUCCAGCCGUGCAGGAAGGUGCUGUUAACAGUGUGGAGGGAGAGGGGGGGAAGCGUGGCCAUGCUCUUCAGAGGAGCCCAUCUCAACUACCACCGCUCACUGAUAUCCUGGGGAAUCAUCAACGCCACCUAUGAGCUGCUGCUCAAGCUGUUAUGAGAAGACGAAUCGAUGCGAUUAAAGGGAACGUCGAGAGAAAGGAGGCGUGCGAAAAGAGAAACGGAAAAGUCUGAGGUGGAUGUCUUGCUCUGUUAUUCCAGGACUGAGAGAGAGAACAGAGGGGCCAGCUGUGAGUGUAUGAUAGCCACCUGCCAUUGUUACUUUUCAAUGUCGUCAUCGUAAUAAAAUCCACAUGCAAACUUCAGCUUUUAUAAAAAUCUGUGCCAGGGUCCAACAUGGUAAGCCCUUGCUUAACUUGUUGAGGAGUGUUUCUGUUUUUUACAGCAUCUUUUAUUCUCAUUCACUGUUUAGUAGGAAAACGUGUUUUGUGCUGUGGAGUGUUGAAAAAGGCAUCCCUUUGUUCUGUCGACCAAAAGCAUCUUCUCUGUCGAGCUAAACUGCCACUUUAGUGUUUUUGACCAUUGAAAUGUCCAGAGAAAUAUUCAUCAAAAUGAGAUCAUAGACUCCUGCCUCUUUAUCUUCCCUCACUUAAAGCUUAAGAUGAAAAUGUUGCAUCUUAAUCUGCGAGAAAUGUCUGACUUAUGGUUGGAAUGCCAAAAUAUAGCACAAUAUUUAAACUAAAGAUGUACCGACUAGUCAUCCAGAUUUUAGGAAUCAGACAGUGCGCUUUUUUCUCUGCUUUUUCUUUAUCUGUAGUUGAUUUUUUUUAGCAUUAAAUAGGCUGUGUUAAACUCACCAUUCACAGUCUAUAAACGCAUUGGCCAACAAACAUCUAUGAUGUAAAAGUCUAGUUAAGGAUAGGAAAUAAUGCUUUACUGCAUAAAUUGAGAUAAUCGGAUUUUAUUAAGUCAAAUAACCCCUUUUUUACAUAAAUAAAAGGAAAGAAGAUUUAAAUAGCAGUUUAGGCUUUAAAGAAACCCAGAUAUUGGUGUUUUGUUUAAACACCUUGCAGCUCCAGUUUUAUCACACAUGAUCUGUGUGGUUUUAGUUUUUUACUGAUUUUCUAAAGUGCCACAGACAAGUUGUCUUUGCAUAAAAAAACAAUCUUAACCAUGUUUGUUACUUUUAAAACGUUUAGAGAAGGAAUUAUAUUUAGACUUUGAAUGCAACAAACGAUAUUGGAUAAAAAUUUGAAUGCGCACUUUUGUUCCUUUAAUUAGUUUCGGGACCGUAUCUAAUGCUGAAUACUGAAAAAAGCUCUAAUGAAUGUUAAUUUUGCCCACUCUGAAUCUCUACCCUCUUUUUUUUUUUUUCUCCUGCUAUUUUUUCCUCCUCUCACGCUUGCUCUCCUCCCUUUCUGUAACAUCUGUUGACAUAAUGGGCUCAGAUUUCAAGCUUGAGUAGUUGCUGUCACUACACCGCAGUUCUGAGGGUGUUCGACGGCCCAAAGAGGAAAGGCAUGUCGCUUGGACAUUUGAGAGACUGAGGAUUAAUGGCGGAGGGUGAAGACAGGGACAGAGGGUAAUGUUCAGUGGCACAAAAAGCUCAAGCUGCCAUGGAAAAAAGUACCAUUUGGCCCAUUUCUUUCUUUUUUUUUCUGAUUAAAUGUACAUUUGUUUUUUUUUCCUCCUUUAAAAGAAAGCUUUUAUAUUCCAGCUUUACAGAAGAGAAUCCUCCUGCUGGUAUAAAAAACAUUGCUUGUAAUUGUUCUAAAAAAAUAAAUAUGUUACCUUUAAAAUGUAAAUUCACUGCAGGUAAAUGUUUAUCAAUAAAGAGAUCUGUUGCACUGGUGU